AUGUUCUCUAUCAAGCGCUUUGACGCUUUCGGCGGACCCUCCGAUGGAGAGAAGGCUGACUCGGUUGAUACGGCCAAGCUCGAUGCUCUCAACGAGCGCAUCCUCAAGAAGCGCAAGCUCGUUCAGGGCGAAGAGUCAUCAACCCCAAGCGCUCCUGCAAAUGUGACUACCUCGUCAGCAGCAUCAACGUCCUCCACAAACGCUGGCCCAUCAUCAACAGCAGCAAGACCAGCGCUCAACAUUCACCCAUCACGACUCAACGCUGCACCAUUGCUCCGGCAAUCCGUCAACAAGGCACGAAUAGGCCCAAAAGAGAAGACGAAAGCCAAGCAGAGAUACCUAAAAUCAAAGAAGGAACGUCGCAAGGCUAGGAUUCGUGCUGCGCCAAAGAAGUCAAAAGACGAAGCGCAGCAAGCGGCUGCUAGAGAGGACAACUCCAUCAUCUCGCACUUGCCAGAGGAGGAGGCAUUGCACCGUUCUGAGGAGGCUGCAAAGAGGAAGUUAUCGAAGGCGAAAGAACACAAGCCAGCAAAGUCAGAAGCGUUUUCAAGCGUAGACGCCAAUUCAGAAUCUGAUUUGGACUCGGAUUCGUCGGAUGAUGACGAUGAUGACUCCGCAUCGACGUCUUCAUCAAGCUCGCCGGCUCCAGCGGAACAGAAUCGUGCUGGAGCUCGUAAGGGCGCAGAUGGCUCUGAGGACGAAGAAUCAGGCACUGCCAAUGGCAAAGAGGUGAAAACAUUGGAGCGCUUCCCGCUGGCAGGAGUCAAGAAGGUUGUCGACCCAAAGCUCAUCGGCUCGCUCGGCUUGCCAGAAGGUCUUUCAAAUCGUACUGUCGUCAACCCCACCCUUUCUCGGCCUCUGUCGCAACAUGCGUCGACCAUCAAAGCCAUGUUUUCGAGCAAGGCAGUCCCUUCCACAGCAAAAGCAGACGAAGCGGUGACAGACGAGGAGAUGCCAGACAACCACUCGGGUGAUGAGGACUUGGAGACAAUCUCGUCUCGCACCACCACCACCACCGACGACUUUGGAAAAGUAACUCUCAGCGACACUGUCCGCUCUCGUCUUGAAGCUCUAGGUGUCAGCGAGUGGUUCGCUGUCCAAAUUUCCGUCAUUCCAUGUCUGCUGGCCCAGCCACAGAGCCGAUCUCUGUACCGGCCAUUCGCACCACCUCGCGACCUAUGUGUCUCAGCACCGACGGGAAGUGGCAAGACGCUUGCCUACACAGUACCCAUUGUCGAAGUGCUUCGAACACGCCAGAUCGUUCGUCUUCGUGCGCUGAUCGUACUUCCCACUCGCGAUCUCGUGUCUCAGGUACGCAGCACGUUAGAGCUAGUAGCGAAGGGUUCCGGUCUGAGGAUUGGCACAGCGACUGGUCAGCACAGCUUUGCGCACGAACAAAGCCAGCUGGUAUGGUCGCUUAGUGUGGGUGAUGAUUAUGAGGAACAGAAUGCAUUGAAGGAGUCCAAGGUUGACGUCUUGAUCGCAACACCAGGUCGACUGAUCGAUCACCUUGACUCAACUCCAGGCUUCACACUCGCUCAUCUUCGCUUCUUGGUCAUUGACGAAGCAGAUCGUUUGCUUAAUCAGUCGUUUCAGGAAUGGCUGCGUCGUGUGCUUGCUGCUACGGAAGGGAAGGGAACUGAUGCCGUUCCACAAUGGAAAGGAGAGGCUGCGGCCCAAGCGCCGCACGAGCUGUUGUCGGGCAAUGCGUCAGGACUAGGAGGAGCGGCUUGGUCGACAUUGCAAGAAGAAGCUGUACCCUCCGUCCAGAAGCUCCUGUUCUCUGCAACACUCACGAGCGAUCCAGCGAAGAUUGCAGCUCUUGGUUUGAGGAAUCCGCACUACAUCACGGUUCAGGACAGUCACUCGGCCGGAGACGAAGAGGACGGACGAUCGAAUGGCUCACAGCAACACGAACGCUUCUCGCUCCCUCACUCGCUUCACGAGCACAUGCUUGUCACGACAUCAGCAGACAAGCCCUUUCACCUUCUGUAUCUCCUUCACCGACCGGACGAUGUCGAGCAGAAUAGCAGCAGGAUUCGCAAAGCUUUGUGCUUCACCAAAUCUGUCGAUUCAGCAGCAAGACUAGUCAAGCUCAUCGAGAUUUUCGAGCAGGUGCGAAGCGAAAGUGGGCUGAUUCAGCGCGGCAGCAGACCAUUCGUCGUCAAGAACUACUCGUCUGAACUUAAACCUUCCGAACGCCAACGGAUUCUCACGCAAUUCGGACAAGGUGAAAUCGACCUCCUUGUCUGUUCGGACCUCAUUUCGCGAGGUAUCGACUUGCCGACAGUCGAACAUGUCGUGUCGUAUGAUGCUCCCAUUGAUCCUGCUAAGUACGUUCAUCGUGUUGGUCGAACAGCUCGUGCCGGUAAACACGGUGAUGCUUGGACGCUGGUGGAAGAACAGGAGGCAAGGCAUUUCAAGAAGAUGGUUCGCUCGAUUGUAAGGCAGACUGCGAUUGCCAAGAUCAAGCCGAGGAAGUUGAAGGAGAGUGGUGAGGAUGCUGUCGAUUAUGUUACUGACGAUCCCACGACAAGAGAGUUGAGGAAGAUGCGGGAGGCCUAUGAAGAGGCUCUUGACAGGAUGGCUAAUUUCUAUCGCAAUCAGUGA